AUGUCGUCUGCGCAGAAGGAUAUAGUGUUUAGUCCAUUGAGGGGAAUGUGGGUGCAGAGGAAAACGCGCAGGAAUAACAAAGCUGUGGGUGAGACAAGGUUAGGUAGGACAAUAGUCAAAUGGGUGAGGGCAUUUCUUCCUGUAAUGAGCAGGAGUGAUACGGAAAACUUGGGAGGGAAAUUGUGCGAUUUAAUGGUGGAGCAGAAGGAGAUAGGACCAGAGGAUAAGGACGUGUGUACACUUAUUUUGAGGUCCUUAUAUGCAAUAAACGAAGACGGAAAAAAAAGAUGCACUGCGAAGAGGAAAAUUGAGGAUGAAAUGAAGGAAUAUAUUAAUUGUACCAUGUUGAACUUAUGGAUAGCUAUAUACCAAUCUAAGCACUGCAAUAAGAAGAAUGUUGUGCAAAAGGCCUUUGACAAAAUGAAGGAAAUCAGUGGAACACUGAGUAGAGGUUCUACUUCCAGAGGACAAUGUGGACAAUGUAAUUAUAUGCAAUUAGAGCCUAUCAAAAUAUUGGGUAAAGUCCCCAUGUUAAAUUUUAUUUAUGAUAUGAUGGUGGAGGAUAGAAGUGUUAUGACACUAAUAAGGAGAGAUCAAGGGCAAGGGGGUUGUAACACAGAAAAAAAAGUUCUAACAGAUUUACAACUACCAAACACCAUCCCUCCUGUCGCCCCAAAGGGGAGUCCACGGCCACGGCAGGCACAACCAAAUGUGAAGGGGCCUACCAUCACCGAAGACUCACUAACAAAAUUAUUAAAGACUUGGGCAGGAGGAAAAAGCAUUCCGGAUGAGGAGCAUUAUAGAAAAAUAUUGGAUGCAUUGAAGAAUGCAUGGGAGGACUUAAUGAAGGAUCCAGGCAAGACUAAGGAUGAAACAAUUAAAGAAUUAUGUGAGAAGAAUCUGCUAAAUGAUGGUUCAAUGGGAACGAAUGAACAAGCACAAUGUGUAACAUUAAUGGAAACAUACCUAACUCAGGAUCCGAAUAAAAGUGCACAGGGUAACACAGGUGCUGAUGCUAGUGCUCUUCCUGGUCCUCCUGGUGCUGGUACUCCAGCAGCAGCUGCUAUUCCAUCAUCUCAACCACAAACAGGAUCACCAUCGCCAUCACUUGCAACAACAACAACAACAAUACAACUGGAUCCAUGCUCUCCCUCCGCCCAACAAACUCAAGAAAUAACACAAAGUGAAGAAAAAAGGACAAAAUUGAAGAAAGCAUGGGAGCAAAAAUUACAACAAUUCAAUGGGACUCCUGGACAAUUUGUCCAAGGCGUAACCAUUCCGCCUAAUUUGAAGAAGGAAGUGGAUAGGAUGUUGAAUGAGCUGCAGCCCUACAUGAUGUGGGAGCAGACCAAGAAGAGUGUCCUCAGUGCAUGCUCGGCGUUUAGUUACCCCAGGGAAAAGGGGAAAGAAGAUCACAUGAAGAAAAUAUGCAGAGUACCCGUGAUGAUUGUCAACUGGAUGGCAGGAUUAGAUCCACAGGGGAAUAAUAAAAAAGAUAAGACUCAGGAGCACGAUUGGGAGACAUAUUUAAGAUGUAUAGUGGGGGAUAGUAUUAUAUUGAGAAUCUUAAAAAAUAAAUGUGAAGCACAGCAGAUGCUGAAAAUAAUAUCUGAUACAAUGGCAAAGGGGGGAAGUGAACUUCAGGGAACAGGUGCUAAUAGUAUAUGUGCUUGGGUCCGAACGGAGGAUAUAGAAAAAGUGGAAAACUUAAUUGGUCCUACACUGGAUCACUGGUUAAGUGAAGCGGGGAAAGGUAAGAACCACAAGGGUGGUAUUAGUGGUGUCAAUAAUAUAUUAGCAUGGGAGGAGUGCAAGGAUAAUCAAAAGCAGAAAGAGGAGCAACGAGAGGGAGAAAAGGGGCAGUGUAAAAGUGAUAGAAUUAUAGACUUAUUAGGAGGAGAGAGAUGGGGGGCAUUACAUAAAUUAGUCGAUCCUAUAGCUCGUGCUACAUCAUGCAUCAAAGACAUGCAUAGCAACGCCAGCAACGGCAACUUAUGUAAAUAUUUAGAUUGCAUGAAACACCUAUGGACGAAGACGGAUGCAGCAACCCAAAAAAGCAACAACAACUUUUGGACAAAGGAUGCCAAGGCAUUGUGGAAAGAAUUGUUCGAAGCAAUGAAGACCAGUAAUGGAAAAGAAGAGACGCAAUGUAAUAAAAUGGGAGAUAGUAGUAACGACAGAGAAGCAACUCAUUCUGAAAAGACGGCAUGCAAUUAUUUGCAUGCCGGCUUAAAAACACUAUACGAGGGUACUUCGUUGUCAACAGGAAACAAUGGUAUUCUGUCGAAGAAGAAUCCAUCGUUGAGACAAACGAUGGGUUGUUUCUUACUUCAUUCCUAUGCAAAGAAGAUGAAAGGCGAAGCGACUUGUGUUAUUAAUGCUGGUAUAGAGAAGGCAUUCAGGGCAUGGAAUGAAAGUACUAAUGGUAAAUGCAAAAAUGGUUCCUGUGUUCCAUGCGAAUGGGAAGAAGAAAAAUAUGACAGUUGCACAAUUGAAAUAAAUGGCGCAAAUGGCCAAAGCACCUCCACUGAGAAGGUAGAAGAGAAGUUAAAAAAAGUGCUGGAGGCUGACAACACAAACAUAGAACAAAUGCUAACUGAAAUAAAUAAAAUGGAUAAAUUAUGUGACCGUCUCCAAUGUAUAGCAUCCCACUUAAAUUCCUCAAACGGAAAACAACCGAAUACAUCUGAGGACACAUUCUGGGGUCAGAAUGGUGAUGUUCAGAAAUUGUGGGGUGAAUUGUCCACAGCAAUGAAAGGGAAAGAGAAUGACAAUGGAAAUGGAGUUUGUGCUGUGAUGGGAGAGAAUGGCAAAACUAGAACACCCACCGAACCUGAAAAGAAGGCAUGCAAUUAUUUGCAUGCCGGCUUCACCAAACUGAAGAGCAUUGGAACGUCUAAGGGAAAUUCCUACUCAACCCUGUCCAAACAUACAUCGUUUGUCCAAACGAUGGGUUGUUUCCUUCUUAAGGAAUAUGCAAAACAAAUAGAAAAAAAAUCGACUUGUGUAAUCGAAGCAGGUUUAAAGAAAGCAUUUCAAAAUAAUAAUACUCCAUGCACAGGCAGUAGUUCGUGCAUUGAGUGCAAAUGGGGUGAAAAUUUGGACGACUGCAAAAUUAACACAACUAACACAUCUGGUAGCACAACCCAAACGCCAGUAAAGGACAAAUUAAAAACAGUAGAGUCUAAAAUGGAGAACGAAGCAACUAACACCGUAACGAAAAUAAAUGAAACGAAUUCUUUAUGUGAAAAACUCCAAUGUGCCGCAGGGAAGUGGUUCCAAAACCAAAAGAACAAAGCGGGGAGUGGUACUGCUACUCCAACGAAGACAUGGUGUGAAUUUUGGGAGGACGGCGUCAAGCCCAAACUGACGAAGAUGUUCGAGAAUAUCUCAUCUGAAGGACAGAACAAUGCAACAAAAGGUGAUGGUGUAUGCACCAACUUUGGUGAUGGUAAUGAAAGUAGUGUCGAAAGAAAAGCAUGUAAUCAUAUCACAGCAGGAUUAAAAUACAUUAAACAGAUUCCAAAUGGUGGUAGUGGUCCUACCUCCCCGCCUAAUGAACAAUACAAGCAACUGCUCGCACGAGCAGUUGGUUGUAUUGCUCUUAACAUGUAUGCUGAUGAAAUAAUUAAAUUGACGGAUAAAAAUUGUCCCAUUGAUGAGAACACAAUACAAAAAAUGUUUGAAAAAUGGAAUGAAAAUAAUUCAUGUUCGGUUAAUGGUGGUAGUAAUAAUAAUAAUUGUUUUAAAUGUCAAAGGGAAGAAAUUUCUGCUAAUUGCCACCUGAGCGUCGCAGACGCUCUGGUGGAAAAAAAUCAAAAUGUAAAUUGCAAUACUAAGGCAAAUGAAGUGAAGAUUAAAAUGGAUGGUCUCCUCGAGGACGGCACCAUCAAAAUGAAACCAACAUUAUCCACCAUAAAUAAAAUGACCACUUUUUGUACCCGUCUACAAUGCGCAGCAAAACAAUACCACACAAAAAAGAAUAAUAUACAAAGCAGCGGAGUGAACUGGAAUGACAUGAAUGAUCACAUCGAUAAAGAAUUGAAGGCACUUCUAAAACAAAUGAUGGACACUACCAAUCAGGAGAAAGUUGCCAAAUACUGCAAUGACAGCAACAACAAUUGGGAUAAUGGCACUAAAGAAGGCAAAACGAAUAAAGCAGCUUGUUUGCUUUUUGCUUCAGGAUUAAAGCACAUUUAUGGCCGCGGUAGGGGCCACGGUAAUGGCCCAUCGUUUGGACAAACGAUGGGUUGUUUAUUUCUUAAAGAAUAUGCAAAACAAUUAAAAGUAAUGGCAGAAAAUGAAAAAAAGCAUAAGGUACAUCCUAAAUGUAGCGUAAAUGCGGGCAUAAACUACGCUUUUAGCAAAAGUAAGGACAUUAUGAAAGCAUCAUCUAAAUGCAGCAAUAAUAAUUUUUGUUUUGAAUGCACACAAGACGAUUAUAAUAAUUGCCAAAUUGGCAAUGACUAUAUAGGGAAAAAAGUGGAACCACUGCUCAAAACGAAACAAACCCAUAUGCAACAAACACUAGCGAAUACACUUUGUCCCAUCCUUCCUUUGGAUCUUCUUACCCCUUUUCUUCCUUUGGCUCCUGUCUCCAUUGGCCUUUCUGUUAUGGCUUAUUACCUUUGGAAGUAUUUUGGUCCUCUUGGUAAAGGAGGACAACGUUUCAGAAGAUCUCCUGCUGAUAUUCCUGGUUCAUCGAUACAAGAACAAGUCCUUGAUCAUGUGCAGCAAGAUAGUUCACAUGAAUAUCAAUUGGUGAAGGAACGAAAACCUCGUUCUGCUCCAACAAGAACAAAGCGUUCUGGUCGCGCAAAUCGUCGCACGAUUAUUGAAAUUCAUUUUGAAGUGUUGGAUGAAUGUCAAAAAGGUGACACACAAUUGGCUCAGAAGGAUUUUCUGGAACUUUUGGUUCAAGAAUUCAUGGGAUCGGAAUUUAUGGAAGAAGAACAGGUUCCUAAGGAAGAAGUUCUUAUGGAAAGUGUUCCAAUGGAACUUGUUCCUAUUGAAGAGGUUCCAAGUUUAGGUUCCGUGUUUAUGGUUUAG